AUGCAAUCCCGUCCUUACGAUCAACUGGAGUAUCAGGAAAUAGUGGAGAGAAGACGCAUCCUGGAAGAACAUGAAAACGGAACACAUGUCUUACCUGUUGAAACAAACUUGGACAGACUGACAAGCGAGAACGUGAAAAAGAGAUGGGACGAGCAAGGCAUCUGGCCGUGGGAUGGGACAGCGUCCGACGGAAUAUGGAAGCAUGAAAGGUCGCCGGAGCCCGACACGGAUGUGGACACCGACGAGGCAUCUCCAGCUGCCAUUUUCUCUUUUGGACCGAGUAAGCCCAACCCAAAACGGAGACAGGUCAAAAGUGAUCAAGAGAAACAACAAGACAUGGAGCGACGAGCAACACGAGAGCGCCAACGGCAGGCAUCACGACCCUUCUUCCAAUUCAUCUACCAAGUGUCACAAGAAAGAGAUCGAAUCCACCGAGGAGAUGCCAGCAACCCAAUGCCCGUGGACAUCAAUACCACAGCCUAUCAGAAUGUGAGGGACAUCUGGGUGAAACGGCACAUUUGGGACAAAAGAUGGGGGAUCAUGCCUGGAAUGACCUGGAAGCAUGAACACCCCUGGGAGGAACUCCUGGAGGAAGACACCGGCCGUUCUCCUGCUGAAAUGUACACGUUUGUGACUCAGAGCCCUGAAGCAACCCCUCCAAGACAAGUCUUGAAUACCCCUCCUUCAGUAGGCCCGGACCAGCCACAGCCACAAGUCUUCAACUUGAUGGACACGUCUCUGGAUCAACAAGCUGCGAACAUUGAAGACGCCGCAUCUCAACCUAUCCCAAGCGUGUCUCUUGGACCAGUACAUUCAUCAAAGGUCUCGAAACCCACCGCCAAAAAGAGGUCUGGGCUUCGCCGACCCAAGGUGAUGACAGAAGCCUCUUUGGGUAAUCCGCCGCCAGUAUCUGCGUCGAAUACUCCUGCCACACCACAACGCAGAAGCGAACGAUUGCGCAAGCUACGGUCGACGUAG